AUGUCUCGGGAGGAGUGCGUGUACGCGGCCAAGCUCGCCGAGCAGGCCGAGCGCUACGAUGAGAUGGUGGAGGAAAUGAAGAAGGUCGCCGAGAAGGCCAACGAGAGUGAGCUCACGGUCGAGGAGCGCAACCUCCUGUCGGUCGCGUACAAGAACGUCAUCGGUGCCCGGCGUGCCUCGUGGAGGAUCGUGAGCAGCAUCGAGGCCAAGGAGGAGAGCAAGGGCAACACCGACAACGUCUCCCGAAUCAAGAAGUACAGGUCGGUCAUCGAGAAGGAGCUCGAGGAAAUCUGCUCCUCCAUCCUGGACCUGCUCGACAAGUUCCUGAUCCCCUCGGCGACCUCCGGCGAGUCCAAGGUCUUCUACUUGAAGAUGAAGGGCGACUACCACCGGUACCUCGCCGAGUUCAAGACGGGCGCUGACAGGGAGGAGGCCGCCGAGCAGACCAUGCUCGCGUACAAGGCUGCCCAGGACACGGCCCUCUGCGACCUGGCGCCCACGCACCCCAUCCGCCUGGGCCUGGCGCUCAACUUCUCGGUCUUCUUCUACGAGAUCGUCAACUCGCCGGAGCGGGCCUGCCACCUCGCGAAGCAGGCCUUCGACGAGGCGAUCGCGGAGCUGGACACCCUGGGCGAGGAGAGCUACAAGGACAGCACGCUCAUCAUGCAGCUGCUGCGCGACAACCUCACCCUGUGGACUAGCGACAUGCAGGCCGACGAGGGCGCCGCCGACCAGGGCGCGUAA